AUGUCGGCCGACAGUUUGACCAUCGAGACCUUCACUGAGUAUGGCAUUGGUAUGCUCUUUCUGAUCGUCCGGCUUUAUGCGCGGCUUCAAAUGGGGGGUCUUCGUGGGCUCCGGCUCGACGAUGCUUUUGCUGUUGCUGGCAUGAUCUUUUGGACCAUGCAGACUGUGAACAUCCAACUUCUAGGAAUUUUCGGCAACAACAUCGGCCUGAACGAGCAAACAGCCUUACUUGUCCCUGACAGCAAGAUUGACAAAAUGAUCUUGGGCUCCAAGUUGGCGUUCAUGAAUUGGAUAUGGUAUAUCUGCUAUAUUUGGUGUUUAAAGGGUGUUCUUCUCUGCCUAUACUGGAAACUCACACAAGGAACAUGGCAUCGCCACCUCGUCAAUGCAGCAUCGGGCUUCUGCGUUGUCACCUGGCUCGUCUGUCUACUCACACACGUCUGCCUUUGCGCACCAGUCACUCGAAAUUGGCAGAUCAAGCCCUACGCCGGAGAUAAUUGCACUCUCCGUGGACCUCUCUACAUUGUGAUCGCGGUAUUCAACGUCUUAUCUGACAUCUGCAUCAUCCUAAUCCCAAUUCCCAUCCUCACCAAACUGCAAGUCCCUCUCCAACGCAAACUGAUCCUGGUGGUGAUGUUCUCAUCCGGAGUCUUCAUUAUGAUCUGCACCGUCCUCCGCGCCUACUACUCACUCUCCUCAAUAACGAACCUGGGUACCGCCCUAGGCUGGGCAGACCGGGAAUGUUUCGUCGCGGCAAUCGUCGUUUCUCUACCGGGCAUCAAACCACUCUUCCGCAACACAAGUUGGCUGGGCUCGUCGAAUCGCAAGAACUCCAAGAAUCCUUACUACAACAGCGACGGAUAUAAUGGGUUUGGAUCCAAGGCGUCAGGCAAGACGAAGACUUUUGUUACCUCGCGUUCCCGCAAGAGUGAUGGUUUCGAGCUGGAUGGUGUUGUUCACACCAAAGGCAGUCGCAUAUCUGAGACAGGGAGUGAAGAGCAUAUUCUCGAACGCACCAUGGGUCCUGAGAUGCCCGUUUCUCCUGGGGGAGAUCGGAUGGCCAUUCGAGUGACGACUGAAUAUGCGCUUGAGAGUGAACAAGGGGAGCCAGUUCCAGUCAGACACCCCGUUUGA